AAUAUUUGCAAAAAAACUCAGUCUCCAGCAGGUCAAAAGCACGAGUUCACUUUUUAAAAAACCCUGAAAUGAGGGAAGUCUGAGGUUACCAAACUUGAGGCUAUCAAAAAUGUAAUAUACCCUUCACACCCAAAUAAACUCUUCAUUAGGAUUAUGAAGUUAUUGUCCUCAAUUGAUAGCAAAGAAAAGGCCAAGUUCUAUUCGACGAGCUCUUCUAAAUAAAGGCAUUAUCGACAACGGUUCGGCGGGUUCUGGCGGGUAAUUGCAGAAAAAGCUUUCUUUUUGUCGAAAACGCAUUCAAAGAAAUAUACUUCGUGGGUCAUGCCAAAAAAGAAUGAGUCCUAUAUCACCUAUGAAUUGUUCAACGAAAUUUACUUUUGUUGCAGUUGAUGUACUAUACUUGAAGUACUUAACUUUCAAACCACUAAAGUGCAUCAAGCGAAGAAAGGAAUUUUGGUUCAAGAACAGGUGAGUGUGACUCGGUCGGCACCUACGACAUUCACCCGUAAAGUAUGUCUUCAUUUAACCCUCACCGAGCCAGUAGCUAUAGAAGGGAAGGAUGUUUCCUGAACUGAUACCUAAGACUGUGGCACUUGAUGUAUAAUCAUCCACUUCCAAACAGAUCGUUCAAUUGACACGAACUCCAAUAAUAUAAUGGUCACUUCACAGUGGCUCGUACCUUGUGCCCACUGACGUCUCCAGACUCUUCAAAACUGACAUGAUGGUUUCAAACUCAAAAGAUUCUAGUUCUCGCUACGCUUAUGGUUUGAUACAAAUUCAUAUUGUAUGAAGAAAGCGUGUGUUGUUUCUCUUCUUAACCAUUAAAGGCAAGCCUGUUUGUAUUUUCAAGCAGUACCUGUGCCUUCAAACUGGUGGACAAUUCAAAGGGAUUAAUACUUUAUGGGAAGCCUCCAUAAAUUUUCCACACAAAAAGACAAAACAGCAAUUUAUAGAGUUAUCAAAACAAUGAAUUCGUCUACAUUCUAUAAGUUUUUGUCGCUCAUAGCUUUGGUGACGCUAAGGGAAUGCUGUGCAGUUAAAGGAGUAAAUCCAAUGGGCGACCUGGCGGUUAAUGACCUUCCAAAGUCGUUUCCGAAUCCGCCCGUACAGUUAAAUGGAGAGUUCAAUGCGACCUUUGCAAAAGAUAUCAUUUCAGCGAGUGUAGAAGAGGAAUUAAAGGCUGAGUUAGAAGAGGACCCAUUUAAGCAGUGGGAAUACAAAUCCAAGUGGCGUCAAAUGAGCGACUUGAAGCUAAACGGUGAGUUAAUGUCGAAAGCCAUUCAACCGGGCGAUGAAGGCAGGUUAAAGAAGGUUCUUAUAAAAGCAUUGGAAGGCCAACAAAUCAAUUUACUGGUCAUUGGAGGUUCGAAUAGCGCUGGAGGAAACUUAGGAGUGGACGAAAAAAGUUUGGACGGGUUGUACUUCAAAGUGUUCUCAAACUGGUGGAACAAUACUUUUGGUAAAGUCACGAAGGCGUUUGUAAAAGAAUACCAAGUGACGAUCGGGGGAACAGGAAGCUAUUUCUUCGCCUUUUGCUACAGAACGUUUAUACCAAAAGACAAAAAGAUCGAUAUAGUCUUGAUCGAAACAUCUAUUAAUUAUAACUUGAGAGGAAAGGCCGAAGCCUAUGAACAAUUAACUCGUCAAGUACUCGAGUAUCCGUCAGCGCCCGCGGUGCUAUACAUUAAUCUGGUCAGCGGUCUAGGUUUAGAUUCGGAGACUAACCAUGUUAUCAAUCCAUCAUGUAUUAACUUGGAAAAUUUUGGACAAGCCGAGCUAACACGCCAUUAUGAUAUAACGUCCUUCAGUUUGAAGGAAGUACUCUGUCGCAAGGAAAACGAUCAAUGGAGGGCAGUCAUCACCGAUGAGGCCGCAUCAGACGGUCGCCAUAUUGGCAUUAAAGCGCAUGCGAUGGUCGCCAUGAUGAUGAUAGAGUACAUACGCGGCGUGCUCAAGGAGGCUGUAGAAGAGGCCAAAAACACGUUUGGUGAUAGUAAGGUGUACAGUGUAAUUGAUUAUUCCCCUAUACCAGAACCUUUCUUCCUUCGACGCGAAACCGAAGCUCUGAAGCAACCGUUGUGUUGGACUGGAGUUACUCCGGACAUUUUCCAAGACCUCCAUCGCCCGAAUCUUCAAAUUAAAAUCGAGGAAAACGAAGGAUUCUCACCAUCUGGAAGUUUUCGCGAUCAAAAUGCGUCUGAUAAAGGUAAAAAUUCAAACUUACGCACAGACGCGCAAGGGGGAUGGGGUACGUGGCAGAUAUACAGCAGUUUAAAACUGCGCAUUUACGUUUCCCCGAUUAACUCUUCUCCCAACACACGCUCCGUGAUUCUAUUAACCAGGACUUCCGGUAGCGGCGGAAAGGCCAAGGUAUGGCUGGAUAACAAUGACAAAGAAGCUAUUUACAUUAAUACAAAAUCCAUGUAUGGACAGAAUCGGUUGGAUAGUAUUCAAACAAGAGUGGAGCCAGGCUUCCAUACAAUCAUGGUAAGAACUGUUUGCGAGGGAAAUUUCCUUGUCAGUGGAGUCCUGGUAGGACCACCAGACUUUGAAAGAAGAAAAGUGUUGUAAUUCACCCUUCCAUAGAGCAUAUCGCGCACGAAACAAUCUACAAAAUAAAUGGGGAUCUCUUGUAAAAUUUGAUUCGCGGAAUUCGCUCUGGUAAUAUUUAACAAAUAAAGAAGCCUCGACUG